CGGCAGAUCGGCACCUCAGCAGAGCUACCCGGAGUCAGCCUGCCUGGUUGCUAGGCGCCCCCGGAAGUCCCGCCUCGUGGUUCGGCCCCGCGCCGGCCCGUGUUGCCCUCGAGCCCGCCCGUCGUUUGGCUGCAGCGGCGCCCCGAGGCUGCAGCACAAUGCAAAGAACUUCACGGCUGAAGAGAGAGCUGCAUCUGUUGACCACAGAACCUCCCCCAGGCAUUAUGUGCUGGCAAAACACAAACCGGAUGGAUGAUCUGCGAGCUCAAAUUUUGGGUGGUGCAGACACGCCAUAUGAAAAAGGAGUUUUCAGCUUGGAAGUAGUUGUUCCUGAAAGAUAUCCAUUUGAACCCCCGAAGAUUCGCUUUCUGACACCCAUCUACCAUCCCAACAUUGACUCUGCUGGAAGGAUCUGCCUGGAUGUUCUCAGAUUACCACCCAAAGGUGCGUGGAGGCCGUCCCUGAAUAUCUCCACAUUGCUGACCUCUAUACAACUGCUGAUGAGUGAGCCUAACCCCGAUGACCCUCUCAUGGCAGACAUAUCCUCGGAGUAUAAAUACAACAAGGAUGUAUUCAUCCAAAAUGCCAAACAAUGGACUGAGAAGUACGCAAGCCAGCAAAACAGGGCUUCCAUAACGCCAGAUGAGGAAGUGACCCAAAGCGAGGCUAGCACUCUCAAAGAAUCUGCCAUCUCCCAGAAAAGAAAAGGAAAUGUUGCCAGCAGGAAGGGGAAAAAACCCUGCUUAGAUUCAUAGAGGUUUCCUGUCUACAUUUUUUUUAUGAACGUGUGACGUUGGCAGCUUUCACUUGUGUCUCUGUCCUUGAGCGAAUAACUGCAAUGGCCGGUGUUUGUUUUCAGAUUAAAGCUUUUUUUAUUUUAUGCCAGUGGCAUUACAUGUUUUCUAUUCUUGUUUGUCUUGCAUUGUUUUUGUCUAAGUAUUUGGAAGGAAGGUAAAACUGGGAAUAAUAAAUUGUCUUGUACGUUUUAGAGUUCUCCGGAGGUGGUGAUUCUUGUGUGAAUGAGAAAUUGCUUAACAUUGUCCAUGGCCAGUAUAGCAUUUUUGUAUUCAUGGUUGAUGAGACUAGACAUUUGAAUAUAUCAUUAAAGAGCGUACUUGAAUUUGUAA